AUGCCAGCCAGCCUCACCAAAGGCAGCCCCAGUUCCAGUGGGACUACACAGAUGCUGGCUUCUUCUUCCCCGGCCAGUUGCACUGAAACAGUGACUUUAGCUGAAGUGCUGCAGGGUGAAGAGUGGGGCUCUCAGUACCAUUCCUUUAAGACUGAGCAGUUGGUAACUCUGUGGGUCCUCUUUGUUUUCACCAUUGUUGGAAAUGCCAUUGUGCUGUUCUCCACAUGGAGGAGGAAGAGGAAGUCAAGAAUGACCUUCUUUGUGACUCAGCUGGCCAUCACAGACUCUUUGACAGGGCUGGUUAACAUCUUGACAGACAUUAUUUGGCGAUUCACUGGAGACUUCAUGGCACCUGACCUGGUUUGCAGAGUGGUCCGUUACUUGCAGGUUGUACUGCUCUACGCCUCCACCUACGUCCUGGUGUCCCUCAGUAUAGACAGGUACCACGCCAUCGUCUACCCCAUGAAGUUUCUGCAAGGAGAGAAGCAAGCCAAGGUCCUCAUUGGGAUCGCCUGGAGCCUCUCUUUCCUGUUCUCCAUCCCCACCCUGAUCAUAUUUGGGAAGAGAAAACUCUCUAAUGGAGAAGUGCAGUGCUGGGCUCUGUGGCCUGAUGACUCCUACUGGACACCGUACAUGACCAUCGUGGCCUUCCUGGUGUACUUCAUCCCUCUGACCAUCAUCAGCAUCAUCUAUGGCAUCGUGAUCCGGACUAUUUGGAUUAAAAGCAAAGCCCAUGAGAUGGUGAUUUCCAACUGCUCAGAUGGAAAACUGUGCACCAGCUACAACCGAGGGCUCAUCUCAAAGGCAAAAAUCAAGGCCAUCAAGUAUAGCAUCGUCAUCAUUCUCGCCUUCAUCUGCUGUUGGAGCCCAUACUUCCUCUUUGAUAUUUUGGACAAUUUCAGCAUCCUUCCAGACACCAGCGAGCGCUUCUAUGCCUCUGUGAUCAUUCAGAACCUGCCCGCCUUGAAUAGUGCCAUCAACCCACUCAUCUACUGUGUCUUCAGCAGGUCCAUCUGCUUUCCCUGUCGGGAACAAAGAUUACAGGAUUCCAGAAUGACCUGCCGGGAGAGAACUGAGAGACAUGAAAUGCAGAUUCUGUCCAAGCCGGAAUUCAUCUAA